AUGUUUCUCCUCCAUUUCCUCUACCUAAUCAUCCGUGAGCUUUUGGCCCUUGUCGCUGCGCCCUUGUUCGAUUUCCCCCUCAUUUUCUUCAUCACAGCUUCCGCCGAGGAAACCUCAAUGACAUCAUCGGUUAACCGGGUCCCCAGGAAAACAGUCGCCAUUGUCGGCACGGGAAGCGCCGGGAUUGGCGCAUUAUGGGCACUGAACCGCACCCAUCAUGAUGUCUACGUCUAUGAGGCGGCAGACCGGCUCGGCGGCCACACUAACACCGUUACCUGGAAGCGCGGAAAGUAUCAGGCGCUGGUGGACACGGGCUUUAUCGUGCUGAACACGGCGACAUAUCCCAAUUUUAUCAACUUUUUGGAAAGAAUUGGUGUCAAUACGGUCAAGACUGAAAUGACCUUUGGAGUCUCGCGCGACCAUGGCAAGUUUGAAUGGGCGGGUACAGGUCUCGAUGCGGUUUUUUGCCAAAGGAAAAACAUAUUCUCGCUCAAGAUGUGGAGGAUGAUUUUCGACAUUAUCCGAUUCAACCAGUUUGCCCUCGACCUGCUCAGAAACGACGGUGCAGGUGCCGAUGAGACGGAGACGAUAGGUCAGUAUCUGGAGCGCGAGGGAUACUCGGAGACAUUCAAGAAUGAUUACUUGAUCCCAAUGACCGCGGCCGUCUGGAGCACGAGUCCAGACAAGUGCAGCUUGGAGUUUCCCGCUGUGACGCUCAUUCGCUUCAUGUGGAAUCAUCACCUUUUGACGACAGUCUCAAAGCGGCCGGAUUGGCUGACUGUUGAAGGAGGAGCCAAGUCUUAUAUCGAUGCAGUGGUCAAGGGGUUCCCGCCAAACCAUCUUUUCACCAACUCGCCCGUCAAGCACAUCACCAACGAUGCCGAUGGCCGGGUGCGCUUGCAUCUGGAGAAUGGCAAAUCCGAGGUCUAUGACCACGUUAUCCUCGCAACACACGGCGAUCAGGCUUAUCAGAUCAUUGAGCCGUCAGCCACCAACGAGGAAAAGUUGAUCAUGUCGAACUUCAAGACCUCUGAGAACACGGCGGUCCUUCAUUCUGACUUAACGCACAUGCCGGUACGAAAGAAUUCGUGGUCGGCCUGGAAUUAUUUGACACUUUCGGAUCCAUGGACGGGCAGAGACAUUGACAAGGUUUCUCUGACAUACAAUAUGAAUAUUCUGCAGCACAUUCCUAGGGAGCCAUUUGGCGAUGUGUUGGUCACCCUGAACCCGAUUCACGAGCCAAAGGCCGCCACUGUGCAGGGACGAUAUUCAUACUCUCACCCGAUAUACAACCCCGAGGCAGUACGCGCCCAGAACCAGCUGCACCGGAUCCAAAAUAAGCGUGGCAUCAGCUAUGCCGGCGCGUGGACCAAGUACGGAUUUCACGAGGAUGGGUUCAGCAGCGGACUUCACGUCGCGCAGGCACAUCUCGGAGCCAAAUUGCCAUUUGAUUUUGUGGACUCAACCUACAGCCGCGGGAAGCGACCCAGGCUGGGCCUUAGGGAUAGGAUUGUGCGACUCAUCAUACUCGCGAUCCAAGUCUUGGUUGUUACACUUUUGGAGACUGUGGUGAGAAAGAUAAGGCCUAGCCCGCUGCCCAAGCAGGUCAAUGGCCUUCCAAAGAGACGCACCAACGGUUACAGGAGGCUGUCGUAA